GUGUUGAUAUUAGCAACGAUCGAGGGUUUUUAAUCUUUACGAAUGAAAAGUACUGAGGUAUUCCGAUCGGAUCCCAAAACUGAAAGUAAACAAGCAGGCCGAUGGCGGACUGCAAAGUUGAGGAUAUUAUAGAUCACAUUUCUUCUAGAUUAGAAGGAAACCCAUUGUGUAAAGAUGUAAGACAACAUUUAUUGUCCAUAUCUUCCACGAAGGAUGUAAAAGCAAAUCAAAUAGCCACAGAGAGUUGGUUGAGAUGGGCCAGACAUGAAAACCACUUAAAAGUCAUCAGUGCUGGAAUACCUAUAGGAGUACUUCCUAAUGGAUUGGAAGGGGAAAUAAUUGAUGUCAAAGUGUUCGCUAGACGUGGUCCAGAUGAUGCCAUAUAUGAUAAAAACAAGGAAAUCAGAAAAAGGGUAGCACGGGGAAACAGCUUUCUACACAUAGACAAGGGACCAGAGGCCGGCACCCGGUGUGUUCUACAAGCGAUGAAGAAAUUUACAGGAGGCCUGGGUGAUGAUGAUGAUAGAGACAUGGGAGACAACUUGGUUUGGAAGAAAUAUUUUACGAAACCUAUACAAGAAGCUGAAAAAAUCAUAGCCACAAAGAAAGCCAAUGGGGAGGCAGCCCACCUCAGCUGUUGUAUGAUUGAUGGGGAGUACGUUAUGUGUGGUGGAUCUAAGAAUGUACACAUGAUGUUCAGGAAGAAAGAAGAUAUACAGAAGUAUGGAGAACCAAGAUUCCGUAUUGCUAGAGAAGUUUGUGAGACAGUUGUUGAUUCCUUGGACAAAAUGGGAGAGGAUGCUAAACACAGGCUGUUAGAGUUCAUGGCUUGGAGUGGAUAUACAGCAGUAUUUGAAAUCCUGGCCCCUGAUCAUCAACACAUCGUUGAUUUGUCCUACCUCUCUGGUCCAGAGCUAAAAUUCAUCACCUGGACAAAGUUUGAUUUAAAUCCCAGAGAUGAUGAUUGUUUGGGAGCGAUUCCUCCUCAUAUUGGUAUAGAGAUUGCCAAUGCUUUGGGGUUGUCUGGUGUAUCUUAUGACAUCAUAUCCACCUCAGAUUUAGAUGACAGAAUGACAAAGAUAAGACGAGAGUUUGAUUGUGAGGGAGAAGUCCUUUAUUUCAUGGACCAACAGGGAGAAGUUAUUGGACUUUUAAAGACGAAAACUGUUUGGUACAUAAUGUGUCGAGCAAUAAGGGAGAAAUUACGAUCAGGUUGUACCAUUAAACAAAAGCAGACGGAACCUUUUUCUCUACCAAGGAUCCAAAAUAAGAUGGAAAAAAGAAUGGAUGAGAUUCAAAAAUGGCUGUCACUUGACGACCAAACAACUCAGGAUUGGAAGAAUCUUGCAAACAAAUUUUUAAGUUGGGCUCUGAGCAAGUUUGAAGUAGAUUUCACAUGGGACAAUAUGAUUGACAAGUACCCUGUUACAUGGAAACAAUUCUUGGAAGAGAACAAUGAAACAGACAGGAUUAGCGUCAAAUGUUAUGAGGCCUCCUUAAAGAAGUAAAAGCUGCAGGGAACAUCAAAUGAUUCAAAAGAGUUUGAAUUGUUUGCACACCGAGGAAGACAUAUUUUCAAGUCCCUUAGCUUUUAGCACAGGAAUUUGGGAGCAUUGGAAAAUUUUAAACUGUGUGCAGCACUAAAGAAGACAAUGUUCCAUUGUCACAAGUGACAGCCUCAGAUCCUUAUAUGUUAUACACCAGAAAAACCUUAUUCCAAAUCUACCACCUGAUGUUACUUCAGACACCAGCCAUGAUUGACUGUAACAUAAAAGCAUAAUUCUUUCAGUCUGAAAUGCAAAGAUGGGGCCUAGUAUGUGCAAUGUGUAAUUAUAUUAAUUUUGAUUAACAUGAUGGCAUACAUAUAAAAAAAAAAAACAACAACAAAAAAAGGAAAGAAAAGAAUAUUUCUCGUACUGGAAUUUUACUAAAUGCAAACUAAAGAGGGUAUCUUAAUGAAUUAUAUCUUCAAACCUUCUCUUUUUCAAUUAAUUUAUUCAAAUAUAAAGAUGUGUACUUUUGAUUUUGG